AUGGCGACCAUAAAUGGCCAGGCCGUGCCUCACCUGCUCCCAGCAGAGACGACCCUGCUGGACUACGCCGCAGAUGACGUCCGAGAUGUGGUGACGCUGUCUGACAAAGAGGCGCUGGUGUUGCAGCUUGCCAGCCAAAUCCACGAACAGCAGCUCGAAAAAGCACUACUGGAGCAAGAGCCGGAGGUUCUCUCGGGCGACCAUGUGGACGAACAGCUUGCGGUCGCAGAACGCGAGUUCCUGGAGGCGCGCGCGACAUACGCCGUCAGGAGGACCGCCGCCCGCACGAUCCUCAUGACGGACCCCGUCUUGAAAGCCGUUCACCUGAAGGCCACCACGCCUCCCGAACGCGCCCUCCUUCCACUCGUUAAUCGCCGCGAUAUCCUGGCCCUGGCCCAGGAGAAUCUAGCCUCGGCUCAUGACCGGGUCCUCCAGCAGCUAUCUGAUGCAGAGGUGGAGAAUAUCCAGAUCAACCGAGACAACCAGGCGCUGGUGCGCGAGCUGCUAGAACUCACGAAGCAAGAUUCGUCCUGGCGAGAGCAACUUCAGGAUGCCAAUAUGGUAUCACAGCUGAAUCGAUUAGAAGCUGAGCACAAAGCGAGUAAAGCCAAAUGGGAGAUAAUGAAGAAUAUUGCUAGUGCUAUGGUGGUCGGCAGCGGGCUCAACUGGGCGGACGAUGACACUCUCCGGAGGCUCGUUCUGGAUGAAAGUGAUGACUAA